CUGUAACAUCUGAAUAUUUUCGCCGCAACUUGCUACAUCCCAAAAGAGAUAAUGGCAUACAGGCAGUGCGAGUGAUCUUAGUGGGCGUUUGGCAAACGCCAUCAUAUGUAUAUCGCUUAUCACUGCCUCUGUCAGCACCGAGAUGGAGUCUGCAUUCGGGACGACGAUUGGCACUGAGAGGCAUUUGGUAUGUUUAUCUAAACAACACUGCCAGCUUGGCCUUCGUGUACAAAUACUCGCAGUCGUUCGGUUUCGCCUUUCCUUUGGGAUUUUUUAUAUUCAUCCGUUCAUUUCCUAUCAUCGGCAGCUCUCACGUUUGAGGAGGCCAAAGCCUUUCCCUCCUCCUUGGUGCCUAGUCAAGAUCGCAUACACAGACACUCGAUAAUACGGUCACGUAGCUCCCCAAGAUCUUCAGUUUCGUCUGGAAGAUAAAUUACACUUUCAGCAACGCCAUGGCGGCACCGAGGUCAGCAAUAUGGCGCCAAGUCAGCACUCUCGCAACGAAGAAUUUCAUCAUCUUAAUCGCCCGCCAUCCUGCUUCAACUAUCUACACCGCUGUCCUCCUUCCAAUUAUUCUCACUGUAUAUCUCGGAAUCGGGAAGAACCUCAACAGUCCUCAGAACGAUUAUGGAAUUGCAGAGCCACGACCAAUUCGAUCGCUUCAAGAUGGUCUUAGCGCCGCUGGUGCAUCUCGCAACGAGGUUGUAUUCGUCAACAACGGACUCUCUGAUGGUGCUAUCGAUCGGGUCAUAGGCUCUCUCUCGGAAGAGGUGACGAGAGCAGGGAAGAAUUCGACGACAAUCGAGAAACCGUUCGACAUCAGUCGCAUCUGCCGCUCUUCUCUUCGAGCGACCACGUCUUGCUACGGCGCCGUCAUCUUUCAUUCUUCACCCAACGAGGGUGACGGUGGCAUUUGGAACUACACUCUGCGCGGGGACGGUGCGUUAGGAUCAUCGUUUAAGGUGAAGGACGACAACAAUGACGUCCAGAUAUACACUCUCCCCCUUCAAAGAGCUGUCGACUCUGCUAUCGUGCGUACGAACUCUACCGAAGCCGACCCGUCGCCUCUUAGUGAUGUCAGAGAAUGGGGCUUUACUGGUGAGUCCGAGGAGGAACGUCAAGCUAGCGCACGGAGAAAAUAUCAGCAGACAAUCAUCGAUUACCUCGGCGUCUCAUUUGUUCUCGCGCUCAUUGGCGUUAGCUACCACCUCCCCGGGCACAUUGCAACUGAGCGCGAGAAGGGCUUGUCCCAACUAAUCGACUCCAUGAUGUCAACGCGUUACGAAUGGGAAGCACAAGUUGUCCGCAUUCUAUCGAGCUUCUACCCAUUCGCAUCCAUCUAUUUCCCGGGCUGGGUCAUUGCUUCUGUCAUCUCAUGGGGCAUGAUCUGGAAGGAGUCAAGCGUUGGCAUCGUGUUGGUCUUCUUCGUCUUGGGUGGUCUCGCCCUUACAUCCCAAGCCAUUCUCGGGGCUUCUUUCUUCAAAAAGGCUCAGCUUUCCGGCGUCAUCAACUCUCUGGUUUACGUGCUCCUAGGUGUCCUUGCGCAAGCUCUUCCCAACGAAAGUACCGGUGCAGUUACGGUCCUGAGCCUGUUGUUCACUCCUUGCGCUUUUGUCUUUUUUAUCAAGUCGAUUUCCCGAUACGAGGCGGACGGUAAACCAAUGAAUCUACUACGGGCUCCGCCCAACAGCGCCUCCACUCUGCCCGGAAUCGCUAUUUGGAUCUUUCUGAUCAUCCAGAUCGUCGUUUAUCCGCUCCUUGCAGCCUUUUUUGAACGUCAGAUACACGGGGUCGGUUCCGAGAGUCGCAAAAUCUACAAAGGCAAGGGUGUCCAACCCCAGCAUGCUGUUACCAUCAAUGGGUUGACCAAGGUCUACUUGCCGAGCAUUUUCCGACGUGUCCUUUCUCCCUUUAUCAAGGCAAGGCCUUCGACCGUUGCCGUCAACAACUUGGACCUAACGAUGAAGCGAGGAGAAAUCCUAGCCCUUCUCGGAGCUAACGGGAGCGGCAAAAGCACUGCGCUAGACGCUAUUGCUGGAAUCAGUCGAUUUAACCAGGGCAGCGUCCAUAUUGAUGCAUCUGGCGGCAUCGGCAUUGCGCCCCAGAAAAAUGUGCUCUGGGAUGAGCUCACUGUGGCGGAACAUAUCAGCAUAUUUACCCAACUCAAAUCUCCAUCCAGCGUGGCGGGCAAGGAGGACCAAAAUCAGCUGAUCGAUGCCAUUGGCCUAGCAACGAAGCGCAAAUCUCAAUCCAAAACACUCUCUGGGGGGCAGAAGCGUAAACUGCAGCUCGGCAUGAUGCUGACGGGCGGGAGCGCUGUCUGUUGUGUCGAUGAAGUUUCCUCUGGAAUCGACGCUCUGUCUAGGAGAAAGAUCUGGGAUAUCCUCCUCUCAGAGAGAGGCAAGAGGACCAUCAUCUUGACAACCCACUUUCUUGAUGAGGCAGAUCUACUGGCCGAUAACAUUGCGAUUCUCUCCAAAGGCAGUUUGAGAGCCGAAGGCUCCUCGGUGGCGCUCAAGAAUGCCCUCGGUGACGGCUACCGGAUCCACGUGCUUAACGUGAGGGAUGUCAGAGCCCCCCCAGAAGUCAGCGGUGUCGCUUUAACGGCAUCUUCGAACACCAUCGUCUACACUGCACCAUCAUCCAGCCUAGCGGCUGAUGUUAUCCGAGCACUCGAAGCCCACAAAAUCCCCUACAGGAUCUCGAGCCCCAAUAUAGAAGAUGUCUUCCUCAAAGUCGCCGAGGAGGUACAAGGAGAAGAUCCCCAAUCCCUUCAGCCUGGAGCUCCUCGUGUAUCAACCGCUUCAGGACAAGAACUCUCAGAAAAGUCCAUGAUUAACCAAGGGGAAAGAGACACUCUGGGACUGCAAUCUGGCCACCAAACGGGCUUCUUCAAACAAACUCGUGUCCUUGUUCACAAGCGCCUGGUCUUGUUCAAGACGAAUUGGAUUCCAUACGUCAUUGUAUUCAUUACUCCGAUCAUUGCAGCUGCUAUCAUGCAGUUGUUGAUCGCUAAGGAAGGCCCUACGAGCUGUGACCCCGCCGAUUUUACCGGAUCAGGAAACCUGGAUAGCUAUAGAGAAGCUUUCACAGAGGCCCAUGUAGCUGCCGGGCCCUCUUCGGCUUUCUCGACAACAUCAAUUGGCGAUAUCUUUACUUUCUUGGAUCCUACAUCAAAUGGCCCUAUCGGCACGAGCAACAUCUCUUUGAGUGACAGUUACCAAGAUCUGGCCCGGUUUAUCGAGGACAACAGACGGAACAUCACCCCUGGUGGUAUCUGGGUGGGCAGCCGAGAAACGCCUCCGACAAUCGCCUAUAGAGCAGACGACAACAUGAUCUCCGCUGCUGUCAUCGUCCAGAACUUGCUCAGCGCAGUGAGAAGUAACACCAGCAUCGCUGCCACCUACGCUCCCUUCGACAGCGUCAUCCCAAGCUCAACACUCACGACGGCUCAGUUGGCAAUCUACUUCAGCAUUGUUCUUUCCAUUAUCCCUGCCUUCUUCGGAUUAUAUCCUAAUGUAGAGAGGCGAAAUCACGUCCGUGGUCUGCAAUAUUCCAGUGGUGUUCGGUCGCUGCCUCUGUGGACAUCCCACCUCAUUUUCGAUUUUGGGGUCAUCUUCUUUCCACUUCUAGCCGCAGCCAUCAUCUUUGCUGUGUCUUCGGAUAUCUGGUACGCCUCGGGUUAUCUCUUCCCCGUCUUCCUGUUUUACGGCAUUACAUCCAUUCUCUUGUCAUACGUCAUUUCACUCUUCACCAAUAGCCAGGUCGCAACCUUUGCUGCAAUUAUGGCCUACAACAGUGUUGGUUUCGCCAUCUACCUGAUUGCGUUCCUCUACAUCAUCACCUUCUCACCUGCCGUCGUUACGGAGCGGAAUAUUUUCAUCGGCCAUUACACCAUCUCCGCCUUUUUCCCUGUAACCUCUAUUUGUAGAGCCAUCCUGAUUGGCUUGAACACCUUCUCCUUGGCCUGCUCUGGCACAGGGUUUGGCUACCCCGGCUCUCUAAGCGCUUACGGGGGUCCUAUCAUGUACCUCAUCAUCCAGGCCAUCAUCCUCUUCAGUAUUCUUCUAUACAGCGACAGCGGCAAUAAGAUACCGGCUUUUCUCAAAAGGAAGAGGAGCCCUGCGGCUGAGUCGGUCCAGACCCACGAGGAUCCGGAAGUUGCCAGCCAGCAGCUGCCGACGGAAUCUACUAGAAAUGAUGGACUUCAAGUGAAGCACCUAACGAAGAAGUUUGGCAAAUUUACAGCCCUCGAUAACGUCUCGUUUGGCGUGUGUCAUGGCGAGGUAUUCGCCCUCCUUGGCCCUAACGGUGCAGGCAAGUCGACAGCAGUAUCUCUCAUUCGCGGUGAUAUUCAACCGAGCGGCAAAGGGGGCGAUGUUUUCGUCGAGAAAGUCUCAAUUACUGACCAAAGAGCCCUCGCCCGAUCGAACCUCGGAGUCUGCCCCCAGUUCGAUGCCAUCGAUUCCAUGACAGUCGUCGAACAUCUUCGUCACUACGCCAAACUCCGAGGAAUAUCCGAUGUUGAGCAGCAAGUUCAGGCAGUUGUUUGUGCAGUUGGUCUCCAGGCCCAUGUCAACGUCAUGGCUCAGCAUCUAUCGGGUGGCAACAAGCGUAAGCUGUCCCUUGGUAUCGCACUCACAGGCAACCCGUCCGUGAUCCUGCUCGACGAGCCUUCAUCCGGUCUUAAUGCAGCAGCGAAGCGAAUAAUGUGGCGAACUCUCAGCAGAAUCGUCUCAGGGCGCUCAAUUCUUCUCACCACGCACAGCAUGGAAGAAGCUGACGCUCUGGCCAAUCGAGCCGGCAUCAUUGCUCAGCGUAUGUUGGCGAUCGGCGAGGUGGAACAAUUGCAAAGUCGUUUCGGUGACUCACUAUAUGUGCACCUCGUCAGUCGCUCCGCUCCACACUCGAAAUCGGAAGAGAUGGAACAUAUACGUCAAUGGGUCGUCAACACGUUCCCAUCUGCCCGCGUUGAGGCCUCGACGUACCAUGGGCAAAUGCGAUUCUCCGUGUCUGCGUCGGACAUCUUGCAAAGAGUUAAAGCGAACGGCCGCAACAGGGGCACUUCUGAAUCUGAGCGGAGCCUUGAGCUUAGCGCUAUAGGUCAACUCAUCAUAAUGUUGGAGGACAAUAAGGAGGUCCUCGGUAUCGAGCAUCAUAGUGUCAGUCCCACAACACUGAACGACGUCUUUCUCGCUAUUGUGGGGCAGCACGAUGUCCAAGAGGAGGGUUACGGAGCUCAACCGAAUGAAAAGAAGAAGAUCAACUGGCGAAAGAUUCUACUCGGGUUCUAAGAUGUUGAACCCUCUGGGGGUUUCAUUGUUUGGCCAUCAUUUGCAUACUUAGGCGGUGGAUCCUUGAAGUUUGAUGAGCGACUGCAUUUCUUGUAUUACUUGAUGGAUGUAUUUGUGACGCCCAUUCCUCCCGUGGAGAACAGAAGUUCCCAUCUGCUUAUUACUAGCCAUUUCAUGAGUGAACUUUGCCCAACCAGGCCUAGGAUAUCUCAUCGACCUCAGACGAUC